UAUAUGGACAGUCAUUCAUUGAUAUACAGUUUACCAGAGCUGAGUAAAAAUGAAGUGAAGUAUCAAAGUAUAAAAAAGGAUCAGUGGUAGGAAGCAAGUGGUAGAAGCAGAAAAUCCAAACCGACACUACAGUAUGAGUUCAGCACUAGCAUUUUCACUGCAUCUACUAUUUCUAUUUCUAUGGAUUACUUCUUCUUCAGCGGCGGUGAUGAUGAGUAAAUGCGAUGUGCCUGCAGUGCUGUUUGUGUUCGGAGAUUCCAACUCGGACACGGGUGGACUCACCUCCGGACUCGGUUUCCCCAUCAAUCUCCCCAACGGCCGCACUUUCUUUCACAGAUCCACUGGUCGCUUGUCUGAUGGUCGCCUCGUCAUAGAUCUUCUCUGCCAAAGUUUGAAUACAAGAUUUUUGACCCCGUACUUGGACUCAUUGUCUGGGUCCUCAUUCACAAAUGGAGCUAACUUCGCAGUGGUGGGGUCCUCUACCCUCCCUAAAUAUGUUCCUUUCUCUUUGAAUAUACAGGUUAUGCAGUUCCUGCAUUUUAAAGCUCGUACCCUUGAACUUGUUUCCGCAGGUGCAAAAAAUGUGAUCAAUGAUGAAGGCUUCCGGGCUGCACUCUACUUGAUUGAUAUCGGUCAAAACGACCUUGCUGAUUCGUUUGCAAAAAAUCUCACAUAUGUACAAGUCAUCAAGAAGAUCCCAACUGUUAUCACUGAAAUUGAAAAUGCUGUUAAGAGUUUGUACAACGAAGGCGCCAGAAAAUUUUGGGUUCAUAAUACAGGACCUUUGGGCUGUCUUCCUAAAAUACUUGCACUGGCUCAGAAGAAGGAUCUGGAUUUAUUUGGAUGUCUUUCCAGUUAUAACUCUGCUGCAAGAUUGUUUAAUGAAGCGCUGUAUCAUUCGAGUCAGAAACUUAGAACUCGAUUGAAGGAUGCUACUUUAGUCUAUGUUGAUAUUUACGCCAUUAAGCAUGACCUCAUUGCAAAUGCCACCAAAUAUGGUUUCUCCAAUCCUUUGACGGUGUGCUGCGGCUUUGGAGGGCCUCCGUACAAUUUUGACUUGAGGGUGACAUGCGGUCAACCUGGUUAUCAGGUUUGUGAUGAAGGAUCUCGGUAUGUGAAUUGGGAUGGAACCCAUCAUACAGAAGCUGCAAAUACAUUCAUAGCUUCUAAGAUACUUUCCACUGAUUAUUCCACACCACGGACACCUUUUGAAUUCUUCUGCCACCGCUGAUUACGCACAUUCACAGUGUGCAGAACGGUUAGUUCAUUACUUGCAGUGUUGCUAAGUUAGCCAUCUAUGUACUUCUUCAAGAACAAGAUAUGUAUUUUAGUGAAGAACUUACAAUCAUGGUUAUUUGGAAGCAAAAACUAAAGGAACAAUUUACUAA